UAGGAAAGAUGGACAGUUAGAGCAGCAGCAACUCUGAAGAUGAAGAUGUUGUGGUUGCUGUGCUCCUCAUGCGCGAAUCCAAUCGGCCAUCGCGUUCUCCGUCCAAUUUUGAACGAUUUCAGACUGAUUCAGUCUGGCGCAAGAAGUUCCGCUUUGGCAAGGGCGAGAUUUUGCGGCUUGUGCAGCUCUUUUGUUUGCCUGAACCAUUCCCUACUACACAGCGAUAUAAUGUUUCAGCGCUCGAAGGGUUAUGUAUCUUCCUACGGCGAAUGGCUUACCCUGUACGGCUCGACGACUUAGAAGACUUUUUCGGACGUGAUACAACUGCGAUUUCGUCCAUUUCUAGCGCUGUUCUUGACUUUAUUUAUGACAAAUUCAACCAUCUCUUAGAAUUUGACCGCUCCCGGCUUAAUGCUGAUACACUUUCGGCGUACGCUGAAGCAAUUCAUGCUAAAGGAGCCCC